AAAGAAAAGUCUAUGCUGCCAAAGACUCCUCCAAUAGACUCCUUCUUUUAUGUCAUCAGUAAGGGCCCUAAAUAGCAAAAUAGAUUGCGUCACUCGCCAGCGACACGCUAAUCUUGCACCGCACAGUAGCAGACAGCAUGAUGGAAGUGCGCGGCUCUUCAAACGUCAGUCUGAGAGAGUUUGGCAGUGAACAGAGCCUCCUGUCCCGACCUGACGGUUCAGCUUCCUUCAUCCAAGGAGACACAAGUGUGUUGGCUGCAGCAUACGGACCAGCCGAGGUCAAAGUCAGUAAGGAAAUCUAUGACCGGGCAACCCUGGAGGUGUUGAUACAGCCCAAAGUGGGACUGCCAAGCAUAAGGGAGCGAGCGCAAGAGCAAUGUGUGCGAGAAACCUGUGAGGCGUCUCUGCUCUUGUCCCUUCACCCUCGCUCCUCCCUCACUCUCAUUCUUCAGCUGAUACAUGAUGACGGCUCACUCUUGUCCUGCUUUUUGAACGCCGCCUGUGUGGCUCUGAUGGACGCAGGCCUGCCCAUGAGUUGCCUGUUCUGCGGGGUGACCUGUGCCAUCGACGCAGACGGUCACAUCAUCACAGACCCCACCGCAGCGCAGGAAAAGGAAAGUCGAGCUUUGAUGACCUUUGCUAUUGACUCUACACAACGCAGAGUAAUGAUGUCAUCAACCAGAGGAUCAUUUUCUGUCCACGAGCUGCAGCAGUGUAUAGCAGUCAGUCAGAAAGCAUCAGAGAAGAUCUUCCAGUUCUACAGAGACUCAGUCCGCCGGCGAUACUCCAAAACCCUCUGAUGAAGAAGCAGCUCUCUUUUCUUCUAUUUUCUUUCUUCUCUAUUUCUUCUAAACGAUGCAUACACAUACUUACUUUUUUAAUAAAAGAUUAAGUAAUCACUUUGGGCUACUUUUGCUACAGUUGAGUAGUUGUCAGCCGUGCUGUGGGUGAAGUGAGGCCUCCAUUU